UUUUUUUUUUACAGUCUUCGAUAUUAAAAGCAAUAAAAUAUGUUGAAGAAAUUGAUUCUGGUUUCCAAAUUAGUCGUCUAAAAUUGCAAGAGAAAUUGCAAGGAAUUUAUAUCUUGAGCUCAUCAUAAUCUGUUUAAUAGAUCAGGCAAAGGGGAAUAUAUUACUGUUCAAUUUGGCUAACUUGAAAUAAUUUUCCUGUUAAAAAGUUUUCAACCUUCAGUGGCAGUGGAAGUGAAAAAACACAAAACUAAACUCUUUUUCUUCGUUAUUCUUUAACAUUCCCCCACAGGACCAAUUAGAUGUCUGAAACUCAAAAGCACAUUUCGAUCAUUGUCUCGUUGGAAUUAAGGUAUUUCGACAUAGUGACGGCAGUUGGUUUUGUCUAUUGGAAAGGUAUGCCAUAUGUGCUUGCUGAGUUUUCUAUAUUAGUAAAUAUGCAUUGUUGGAGAGAUUAAAAAUAGUUUGACGAAGGAACUUUGUUGAAACCCAAUUAAGGCCAUAGGAGGUCAAAAAUAGUUUAG